AUGAGUCGUUUUCAUGCUCAGCUUUUCAUGAUGCUAGCGAUAGUAGCACUGCCAGUACUGGUACAGUGUUGCCCACGGACAUGUAUAUGCCACCAGCCCGCAGAGGUGCUCUGCACGUUCCGCUCCUUACUUACCGUGCCAACUGGUGUGCCCAAACAGGUGGAACGGAUGAACUUUGGAUUCAACACUAUAAAUAAAAUAACAUACAGCUCUUUUGUUGGGCUACGAAAACUAGAGCUGCUUUUGAUGCAUGGGAAUGAUGUGCAUCGAAUUCCUAAUGGAACAUUCCGUGACCUCAUAUCUCUUCAGAUACUGAAACUAAGCUAUAAUAAGCUUACGGUAAUUAGCAGACAAACACUUAUGGGUCUCUGGAGUCUCACUAGGCUGCAGCUGGAUCACAACAAACUUGAGUUUAUCCACCCUGAUGCAUUUCAAGGCCUCACCUCUCUUCGUCUUCUGCAAUUGGAGGGCAACCAGCUUCAGCAGCUCCACCCAGCCACCUUCUCCACUUUCUCUAUUCUUGGCCACUUCCCAGUGUCCACCCUAAAGCACCUGUACCUGUCUGAUAAUAUACUGACCACAAUGUCACAGAAGACACUGGCAAGCAUGCCCUACCUAGAAAACCUGGCCCUGCAUGGGAAUCCCUGGACCUGUGACUGUCGUAUGAGAUGGUUCAAAGAGUGGAACACAAAUACACAAAGUGUGUUGAAAUGUAAGAAAGACAAAGCCUAUUCUGAAGGCCAGCUAUGCCCUAUGUGUUCCUCUCCAAAACAUCUAAAGAAGAAACAUCUCCAGGAGAUAGAGAACCCCACUUGCAAUACUCCCGUUCUCAGAACCCCUCAAAGAGUCAUUUCUCCCAAGGACACAGAAAGUGACGUCCUGAAAAUGGAGGAAUUUCGUCAACCUCUAGGCAACAUUUCCCUGGGCUUGUCAGAUGAACAUGGACAUCAAGUAGACCUGAACUGCCUUGUCACUGAGCCAGGACAGCUGACUAGCAUAAGCUGGUACUAUGUUAACCUGUAUCAAAUAUCAGCAAACCUUAAUCUGACAUUAGAUCUACAUUGCCCCACUGACAGGUCCAAUUAUGAGAGGUUGUGGCGAUUGAUUGCAUUUUACAGUGAUGUUCCAGCCCACCUUCGAAGGGAAAUUAUGCUAAGUAAGGACCCUUACAUCAGCUUCAGAUAUAGGCAAGAUGUCGAAAGGGAUGCUCUUUACCAUACAGGAUUGAAAGCAAACAUAGCAGCUGAGCCUUCCUGGUUAAUGCAGUCAUUAAUGAACCUCCAGCUUAACAGAAUUCAGUCUACAAGUAAAACUGUUCGACUCAUUCUCAGCACCCAUCUGACUGAAGUUUUGGAGACUGAAUCUAUAAGACAGCAGAGAAGGGGGUGGGUUAUAAUUGAGUCAAAAAAUGACACUAAAACAAUGCAGGCUGCUGUAGUGGGAAGUUCUAUUGAGAUAAGUUGUGCCAUACAUAGCUCAGGGAACCAGUCAGUUAAAUGGGUGCUCCCUGAUGGCUCUACAUUAAAAACACCUUUUAGCAGUGGUGAAAACAGGCUUACAGCAUCAAGUUCUGGCCAGCUCAAAAUCAAAUCUCUUGAUCAUUCUGAUUCAGGAGUGUACUAUUGUAUUGCACAAGUUUCUGAUGACCCCAGUAACCUCCCUUUUCGUCUGACAGUGGAGGAAUCAUCCAGCCCACCUCCUGGAGGUGAAGGAGUAACAAAGCCAGUUACAGGAUUUGCAGGUGGACCUGUUUCCCUUCCAUGUGUUGCCACAGAUGCCUAUUUAGGAGCUAGUGUCGUACAGAAAUCAAGGGUUCAGAGGUUUGAGGUCCUCACUAAUGGCACACUCGUAAUCCACAAUGUACUUCCUCUGGACCGAGGCCAGUACCUCUGCUGUGUCCAAAACCAAUAUGGAAAAGACGACCAUGUGUUGCAGCCACACUAUAGAGAAACCACAGCGUACCUUGGAGAAACUUUUGAUCUUGAUUGUCAGUCUCAAGGACAUCCUCAGCCUCGAAUCACCUGGGUCCUCCCUGAUAGGGCAAUGGUACAUUCUAGUGGACCUACUCAUGGCAUGUCUGUGCAAAGGGUCUCAGCGUCAUCAAAUGGAACUCACAUAAAAUCUGCUAGUCACACAGAUCGAGGAAUUUAUAAACGCAUUGCUAGCAAUGCAGCAGGUGCUGAUGCCAUAUCUGUUGGCUUGACUGUUGCUGCCUUGCCACCUAUCAUUCAACAGCCAAGACUUGAGAAUAUCACUCUUCCAGAAGGAAGCACUGCCUACUUGAAUUGCACUGCUAGGAGUGCCCCUCCCCCUUCCAUUGGCUGGGCCACCCCUGAUGGCAUGCAACUCCGUCCCUCUCAAUUUAUUAAUGGACAAAACUUGUUUGUCUUCCCUAAUGGUACACUUCAUGUUAAUAGUCUUGCUCUGACAGAUACAGGGAUAUAUGAAUGCAUAGUCACCAAUGUGGUUGAUGUGGUCUAUGGAAGAAGAUUGUACCUGGACUGCAUUGUGCCAGGGAAUCCAGAACCAAGGAUCAUCUGGAGGACUCCAUCCAAAAAGCUUGUGGAUGCUCACUACAGUUAUGAUCCGAGGAUUAAAGUAUCUGUCAACGGUACACUAUCCAUCCUAUCAGUGACAGAGAAAGAUGAAGGUGAAUACCUCUGUGUUGCUCACAACAAAAUCGGUGAUGAUUUUGUGCCCCUUAAGGUCAGCGUCCUAACAAAACCAGCCAAAAUUCAGCAGAAGACAGAUGUGGACAGGAGUGUUUUCCUGCUUGAUUGUGUGGCCUCUGGGCUACCCAAUCCAAAAAUCCACUGGGCAUUGCCUGAUGGUACCAUGAUCAACAAUGUUAUGAAGCAUGAACAUAAUAUUGGGAGUCGAAGUCGAAGAUAUGUUGUCUUUGACAAUGGAACACUCUUCUUCAAUGAAGUAGGGAUACAUGAAGAGGGUGACUAUACUUGUUAUGCUGAGAACCAAAUUGGUAAAGAUGAGAUGAAAGUGCAUGUCAAAGUAAUUGCAGAUGUGCCUGUGAUUGAGAAUAAGACACAUGAUGUCAUCAGGGUUCUCUAUGGAGAAUCUGUCUCUCUGAAAUGCAUUGCCAAAGAGGCUACUGGCACCCCUGUUUCACUUGUCAUGUGGGUUCUCCCAGAGAAUGUUGUUCUCCCUGCACCAUAUUAUGGGAGUCGAAUGACAGUACAUCGCAAUGGUACUCUGGAUAUUAGCUCAGUGAGAAUAGCAGAUUCAGGCCAAUUUGCCUGUAUUGCUCCCAUUCUUUCCAAUGGAACCCUCUCUAUUCAGCAAGCCUCUGUCCAUGAUAGGGGAUCUUACACUUGCAGGGCUUCUAAUGAAAUUGGAAACUCCCUGCUCACUGUUCCAGUUAUUAUCAUUGCAUAUCCACCAAUUAUUACUAGUGGCCCAGCUCCUGCCACCUAUGCUAGAAGAGGAAUAGCAGUACAACUUAACUGUGUAGCCAUAGGUAUACCCAAAGCAGAAGUGGCAUGGGAGACCCCAGACCUUACAUGGCUUGUUGCCAGCUCCCAACCACAUCUGUUUGGGAACAAGUACCUCCAUCCUCAGGGCUCCUUAAUCAUCCAGAAUCCCACAACACGAGAUGCUGGAUUCUACAGAUGUACAGCCAGAAAUGUGGUAGGGGCUGAUUCAAAAAGUACAUACCUGUAUGUGUACUGA